AGAUCAGAAAAUGAUAAAGAAUGUAAAAUAUGCGCUAGACCAUUCACAGUAUAUAAAUGGAAACCAGGAAAUAGUAGCAGAUGGAAGAAAACAGAGAUUUGUAAAACAUGUUCACAAAUUAAAAACGUAUGUCAAGUAUGUAUACACGAUUUAGAGUUUGGACUUCCAGUACAAGUAAGAGAUGCAGUAUUAUCCACUCAAUUUGAUAGUGCACCAGUUACAGAAAAAGGUACAGAAUAUAUGGCAACACAAAAUCAAAGAAUGAUCGAUAAUGGUGAAGUUUCAUAUGACAAUUUCCAACCAUCAGAUAUUAUACAAAAAGUUCAAAGAUCAGUACCAUAUAGCAAAAAUCAAAAUCCAAAUCAAGGUCGUAUUUGUUCAUUUUUUUUAAAGGGUGAUUGUAAUAGAGGUGAUCAAUGUCCAUUUAGACAUGCCCAACCAGGCCCAAACGAAAAUGUAGAUUCACAUUCAAUUAACCAAUCAAUUAAAGAUCGUUACCAUGGCACCAAUGAUCCAGUAGCCCAGAGAAUGUUAAGUCAAAUUGAAAACACCUCAUCACAACCACCAAAAAAACCCUCAGAUGAAUCAGUUACAACUCUCUUUUUAGGUAAUUUAGAUGUAGAUAAAGUUAAAGAAGAAGAUAUUAGAAAUAACUUUUUCGUUUAUGGCACAGUUAAAAAAAUUAAAAUGGUUCCACACCAAAAAUGUGCUUUUGUAACAUUCGAUACUCGUAGCGCUGCUGAAAAUGCAAUAGAUUCAUUAUAUAAUAAUUUUAAAAUUGACGAUUGUAAUAUUAAAUUAAAUUGGUCAAAAUCAAACAAACCACCAGUCAAACCAAAUAAUAAUAACAGCAAUAAAUAUCAAAAUAAUACACAACAACAACAACAACAAUUGGAAAACAAUACAGAGAACGACUCUGACUCAACUACUUCAACUACAAACAGUACAACUGAAGAAGAAAAUAAACCUAAAAUUCCAGCACCAGUUUUUAAACCAAUGGGCAUCAAAUCAUUCCCAUCAUUCAAUAUUAAUCCAAACCCAUCCGCAACUGCAAAACCAUAUUACUCAUCUAUGGAUCCAAAUAAUUAUGGUAGUAAAUAUAAAUAA